AUGGAAGAUACGGACGCGACUGCAACGGCCAGCGAAGAUGACGACGACGAUCUGGACGCUCCUCUCCAAAGAUCGCGUCCAACCGCGUGUGACGACAACACAGAUCAACCCAACCCCCCUAAAAAAGAAUCCGGUCGUUCCCUUUCUCCAGAUCUUCCAACAGUCGAGAUCUCCGACCAGAGCGAUGGAGACGAGGACUUUGACGACCCCGAGGCAGCCUACAAGGCCUUCCAGAGGCGCAAAUCCCUGAAACGCAAACGAGCGUCGACCGGUCCGCGCAAGAGCAUCACCCAUACCCCCACCCCCCGAGUGACCUCCACCUCCGACGUCAUGGUCGGCAAAAUCCCCCGGUCAAAACGGAAGGCGCCGGUGCGGCCGCUGAGGACCUUUGGUGAGGAAGUGCCGAGCGACGAUGAGGGCGAUGACUCGCUUCCGGACUACCUGCAAAAGCGUCGGACCGAUUUCGACGCCACGACGGAACAGUCGAAGACGUCGGGGUUGAAACUUCCUCCGACCUAUGAUGAGGUUGAGUUUUCGGAUGACGAGCGCCUGCAGGACCUCAAGGAGAAGCCCACCUUUAGUAACAUGACGCCCUGCAGUCCCUACAAAGACAUCACCCUUCCAUAUUCGCUGGGCUUGAUCCCAGCCCCCGUCGCGCAGUGGCUGCGCCAGUACCAGGUGGAUGGAGUGGCCUUCCUGCACGAGCUCUUCGUCUAUCAGAAAGGCGGCAUCCUCGGCGAUGAUAUGGGUCUGGGGAAAACAGUCCAGGUGAUCGCCUUCCUCACCGCAGCGUAUGGGAAAACAGGCGAUGAACGAGACGCGAAGCGAAUGCGGAAGAUGCGCCGGAGCGAUCAACCCCGCUGGUACCCGCGAACGCUUAUUGUUUGCCCCGGUACCUUGCUCCAAAACUGGAGGUCGGAGUUUGAGCGCUGGGGCUGGUGGCAUGUCGACUUGUACCACGGGGACAGCAAGGAACUGGCGCUCCAGGCGGCGCGGUCCGGGAGAAUCGAGGUCCUGCUCACGACCUACGGGACCUACCUCAACAACAAGGAUGCGAUCAACAUGGUCGACUGGGACUGUGUGAUCGCUGACGAGUGCCAUGUUAUCAAGCAGAAAAGUUCAAUGACCACCAAGGAAAUGAACGGGGUCAACGCCCUUUGCCGGAUAGGGCUGACCGGAACCGCGAUCCAAAACAAUUACGAAGAGCUCUGGACCCUGCUGAAUUGGACCAACCCGGGGAUAUUAGGCCCUGCGCUCGAAUGGAGGAAAAGCGUCUCGGAGCCGCUGAGGAUUGGCCAGUCGCACGAUGCUACCGUCCAUCAGUUGAGUAGGGCCCGUAAAACGGCCAAGAUGCUGGUGGAAAACUUGCUUCCCCAGUUUUUUCUCCGUCGCAUGAAGACCCUAAUUGCCGACCAGCUGCCCAAGAAGAUCGACCGCGUCGUCUUCUGUCCCCUCACCGACACGCAGGCCGACGCCUACGAGAACAUUCUGGACAGCGAGGUCAUUGAAUACAUCAAGCACUCCACUGACAUGUGUGACUGUCGAUCGGGGAAGAAGGCAGGCUGGUGCUGUCGCAGGAUCAUCCCGGGGAAAGGCCCCUGGGCCACCCACGUCUUCCCCGCGAUCGCUGUUCUGCAGAAGCUAAGCAAUCACCUGGCCACGCUGAUCCCCCAAGGCACGGACAGCAACGAGAAACGGGAAAAGGAUAAAGAGUGGUUGGAGAUUGCCGUGCCCAGCCAGUGGGAGCAGCUCUACCGCCAACGGGAUUCCAUCCUGAAUUACGCGAAUUCCGACUUCUGCGGCAAGUGGAAGGUCCUCAAGCAACUGCUGAAGUGGUGGCACGCCAACGGGGACAAGGUCCUGGUCUUUUCCCACAGCGUCCGUCUCCUGAGGAUGCUCCACAUGCUGUUCAACCACACCAGCUACAACGUCAGCUAUCUCGACGGCUCCAUGACCUACGACGAGCGCGCCCAGGCAGUCGCCGAGUUCAACUCGGACCCGCGGCAAUUCGUCUUCCUGAUCUCGACGCGAUCCGGCGGCGUCGGCCUCAACAUCACAUCCGCCAACAAAGUCGUCGUCGUCGACCCAAACUGGAACCCGUCGCACGACCUCCAGGCGCAAGACCGCGCCUACCGCAUCGGCCAGUCCCGCGACGUCGAAGUCUUCCGCCUCAUCUCAGCGGGGACCAUCGAGGAGAUCGUUUACGCGCGCCAGAUCUACAAGCAGCAGCAGGCCAACAUCGGCUACAACGCGAGCUCCGAGCGCCGGUACUUCAAAGGCGUCCAGGAGAAGAAGGACCAGAAGGGGGAGAUUUUCGGACUGAAGAACCUCUUCGAGUAUCAGGACAACAACGUUGUCCUCCGCGAUAUCGUCAACAAGACUAACGUCGCUGAAAGCCGCGCUGGCGUCCACGUCAUGGGCAUCGAAGUCGACCAAUAUCAUCACGAUGCCGCACCCGCCUCCACUACGACCACAGACGACUCCGACGAAGUAAUGAACCACCUAGCCGCCAUAAUCCGCGGCGAAAAAGAAGAAGCCGACACCACCACCAACACCCCCACCCCCAUAAAACACCAACACGACCCCAUCCAAGCAAUCCUCACCAGCGCAGGCGUCGAAUACACCCACCUCAAUAACGAAGUCAUCGGCUCCUCCAAAGAAGAAGAGCGUCUCAGCCGUCGUGCCCAACAGGCAGACCACGCCCUCGACCUGGACGAUCCCGUCUUCGCCGACUCGCAAAAAACCGACACCAGUCAUCCCCCCCUCCUAACAACUGACCCGACAAAGACAGGCACCAUCCCAUACAGGUACCACCCACCCCGCGACGUCAUGAAAAGGCAGUUCUGCAGCAUGGCGCGCGAGUUUGGGUUUCCCAGUGCGACGGAGUUUGCGCUUGUUGUGGAGGGGAUGACGCCUGCGCAGCGGAGGGCGUGUUUGGAGAGGUGGUAUCUGUUGAGGAGGGAGGCUUUGCUUGGGAGUUGA